UGUGUUUUGGAAUGCAGCACAACGCCACGAGUAAUCUUAGGCCGUGUAGCCUCAACAGAGUCAGUAUUCCAUUGCGGGGAACAGACCUUCAUUCAAAACUUCAACAUACCGGAUGUGAACACUCUUUGCCUUCAUCUUACGCUCUCAUUUCUACGUUUGCAUUGAAUCCAUCAUGUCCUCCAAAAUAGCCCUCGUCGUCGCAUAUCCCUCCAAGGACCCCGACACCGGCGACGCGCUCAACUUCGACAUGAAAUACUAUCUCGCGUCGCAUCUACCUCUGAUCGAACGCGCAUGGGGCCCAUAUGGCUUGCGCUCUUGGUCCAUCAACGAGUUUCCCAAUCCUUGUCCUCUGACUGGUCAGACGCCACCGUAUCUCGUGCAAACGACAUGCUAUUUCGAUCAAGUCGAACAUCUCAAAGCUGCGUUGGAGAACGGGAGCGAAGAGACGAAACCAGAUGUCGAGAAGUUCUCCAAUGUCUUUCCGGCCAUAUGGGUUGGCGAAGGUGUGAAGCAGAAUACCCUUGCUGGACUGGAGUUGGAAGGUGUAGGACAGGCUUAAUGAAUGUAACUAAAUACCUGACCAACAAUGCAAAGCGUCCAAGUUUCGGCAUCAUAUUUGA